GUGUCUUCUAGCUCCAAACUAUCAGCUACAGUUCCUGCAUUCAUUCCUGGGGGGACAUACACAGGAGUAACAUCUGGCGGGCUUUCAAGUGAGUUGGUUAUCAAAUCCACCCUUUCACCUUUUGUACCAGAGUUCCGUCCUUUGGGGUCCUUUGCUCCUCUGUUGUCAGCACCCUAUCAACCCACCUGCAGUUUAUUACAGCACAACAGUAAACAAGCAUAUCUCAAGCAUCAAAAGGUUGAUUUAAAAGAGGUAUGUAGGUCAAUAAUGGAAAUGUUCUUGAAAACUUUUACUGCAUUAAAAAAUGGAAGUGGUUAUUUCCAGUGUUACUAGGAAAACGAUAAACACCUUAAAUAUGUUAGGAAUGGUUUCUGUUCUCUUGCCAAUCAUACUCUGAAAGGACUUUCAUGCUCCAAAACCACAAACAAUUCAACAGUUGUCAUUUGGGCUUGAUCAAAAUUUGCGAUAUACCUUGUGACUCCUACAAAAUGCAAACUGAAAAAAUCCCGAAAGUAGCAGCAGAAUAAAUGAUGCAGACAAAGGCAAGAAUCUCAUCCAGAAAUAACAGUUUCUUUAUCAAUAAUUCUUAAGAAGCUUUGUCCUCAGAAUAGACGGUUCUUUACAGUUUCCUUGAGUAGUAGUUUUGUACAAAGUUCCAGUUCAGUUGGUAGAGCACUUGUCUGCAGAGCGGGAGGUCGCGGAUUUGAUUCGUGGGGCUGGACCAAUACUCAGGAUCUUAAAAUAACUGAGAAAUGAAGGUACUCCCUUUACACUGCAAGCAGAUAGACCUUUGCGUGUUAACUUGGAUGACAACGUAAAAUGGCGGUCCCAUCUCCAGUUAGGGAUGUAGAAAAAGUGUCCCCAAUUAGUACUUUCCUGCUAAUUACAUUGACACUCAAAUAAAGUACUUUAUUUAAAAUUAUUGUUUAGCAUUGACAGUUGGUAUUAACACGCUGUGUCACAAAAGGCCAAAAGGAAAGUCCUAAAAUUAAUAUUCCAAUUAAGCAUCCAUUACUUUUGGAGGAGACUGCUGUUUGGUUUGGUUGCUACUUUUGGAACUCUAUGUUAUUCUCUUUAUGAUAACUUUCCACUGUGAUGAAAUAUGCAGCUACAUUGUAUAACUUUGUUAUGCACCAUUUUCUGCAGAAUGUAUCUCGUGGAGCACACCAGACAAGUUUCCAAGCUACAGCCAACAAGAGCACAACCAAAGUUAAAAAGCCUGAUGGUGCAGAGAAAAUUCGAGAGUCCCAAAAUGUAUCAGGAAGCAACUCAAGUGAACACCUCACAGAAAACUGUGCAAAUGUGAGCAAGAAAAAAAGACAGAAAAAGAGGAAACAAUCUAAUAGUCUUAUUGAUUAUCAAGGCAAUGAGGAAAAAACAGAAGGAACUACAGAAAAAGCUUUGUAUCAGGAGAAAGAUGUUUCUCCACAGAAAGUCAUAGACGACAUGGUCUGUAGUAAGGAAAAUGGGGUCACCACUUCACAACCAAACUGUAAAUCAUUACCUUCCUCUUCUAAAAGUACCAGCUCUUCUGAGGUUAAUACUAAGGAUGAGAAAGCAAACAUAUCCUCUACAAAUCAUGAUUCACAUAAUAAUAAAACACAAUAUCCAGCUCCCCACUUAACUGUAAGUUACAGUGAUAAAGUGAAGAGCUCAUCAUUAAAUAUAAACAGUAGUGCGAGCAAACAUGCACUAGGAGACAAAUCUUUCGUAAAGAAUUUUACUGUGGAAAAUUCCAAUAAAAUUGUUGAUGCUGUUGAUCUAGGGCAUAGUUCUAAGAUUAAUGUUGACAAAGACAAAAGGACAUCUAACCUGGGUAGCAAAAAGAGAAUGGCUUCAAAUAGUGGACAUUUAAGUAAUGCACCUAUUAAACCUCUGGAUUCAACUUCAGGGGGAGAUGGUGAACAUUAUCAACAAAAGUACUGUAAUUCAUCAAACUCAGAGACUUCAAACUUAAAGCAAAUACCAAGGACAGGAAAGUUCAUGGGAAGAAACAACAGUUUUAAGAAAAAUGCAUGUGAUGAUGAUGAUAACUGGAGAAUUAAAAAAGAAUUUUUGCCUGUGGCAGAUUCUUCAACUUCACAAAAAAUAGAUUCAGUUAAAAAAGUGAAUACCGAAAAUCCCAAUGUUCAGUCUUGCAAAAAGAUAACAAGCCAUCAAAAGGGGGAAAAGAGAGUUAUGGACUCAAAGAAAUAUAACAGUGAUGAUAGCAGAAAAAAGUCCACGGAUGUCAUGGAUAAAAUACCCAAGACUUCAAGUAAUCAGCGAACGUCUUCUGACAAUAAUGGUUCAAGUUUGACAGAACAAAGUGCCAAACGUCCAGUUACUCAACUUGACAGUGAAGUUGCAAUUAUUAGCUCUCAUGAACCAAAGAUAAAUCAGUUGCCAGCUGCUUCAGUUAACACUGCUUCAUCUAACAUUGGGGCAAUGAAAGGUGAAUUUCCUGACUUAAUGGAGAGCACUAAAAUUAAAAGAGUUCCAAUUACAGAUGGGUUAACAGUUGGUUUUAAAGAGACAGUGACCCCUUCAAAGCCACCUGCUACUCUGUCCUACAGUGCUGUGUUAAGGUCAAUACCAAAACCAAAGGUAUGUAUUAGACUCUCAGUUUACAGCUUUAGUAUCCCCAGUAGGUAGAGAGAAGGACAUCGCAAUGUUUUGUAUAAUUUUCAGCUAUAUACACUGUAGGCCCUUUUCAGCUGGAUGCCACGCAGACUCUCAUGCAAAAUUUAUGGAAUACAACUUUAAAAAUUUCAGAGAUGGAAAGAGCGCAAUUUUGGGGUUUAUGAAAGACUCUUAAUUGUUAUAUUUCAUGACAGUUUGAAUUAUGGAGAAGUUACAUAUCGAGCAUAUCUUUGGAAAAAGAAGUCACUGGAUAGCGCACCUUGCAGUUGAGCAGUUAUUUGCAUACAAACCCUUAUCAGUUUUCAUACACAAAAGCUUUAUCUCAUGGGUCGGUCAGUCAGGCCCUCUGACCAAUUAACUACCCAUGCUCUUCUAUCCAUAGUAUGUUUAAAUUGUGUCUUGUCAAAGUAACUUUGACCAAACAUGUGUUAAUUCUCGGCUUAAGUGCAGAUCUGCAUCGCAACUGAUAGCUUGUCUCCUUUGCUUAAGGUAGCACACGGUAAAGCAGGUAGUCUUGUGACCUGGACUCCUUGUUAUAGAUAAUUUAGGAACGAUCAUAAUUUGAAGUGAGUGAAAAGUACAUGAACCUGUGCCUUGCUAUCUUUUAUCCUUGUGACUUAACAACUAAUAUGGUCAUUUCUUCUUGGAAUAGUCAGUCAUGGUCCCUACCGCAUGGGAAAAUGAAAAACCCACAACACAAGGUGGCCUACUGAAGGUUCCAUCUCACUCGGGAGCAGAUCAGCCAGAAGGUGAACCGGGGCAAGAAAAUUCACCAACAAAGAAAAAGAAAAAAAAGAAAAAGAAGACAGCAGAGAGUGGGGGGCAAUCUCAGGAUGGUGGUUCAGCUAAACGCACUCAGAAGCCCAUCCAGUUUGACCUUGGAGUUAUGCUUCAAAAUAUAUCAGUAAGGAUCUUGAAAAUGUUGGCACAACUUUUGCCCACCAAUUCCCCCUUUUCUCAUCCUUUAUGUCAAUGAUGCAUUUUAGUGGUGUUUCUGUUGUUUGUUUGUAUUCUUUUUAGCAUGGUAUAAUUUUUCAUAAAGUAUGUUAAUCCAGUAACAUGUUUAAGAUUUCAGCAUCCAUCAUAGUUAUGUUCAAGGGUGUUUACAAUUUUGUUACAACAUAUAAAGUUACGUUAACGAAAAAGAAGUCAUAAUUACCAGUAUGUAUUUUAAAAACAGUAUAUGAUUACAUUGUCAUAUGACUUCAUACAGAUGAUUGCAAAUCUGUGAAAAUAUUACAUAAUACUACGAAGUAUAACUUAAUAGUGAAUAUGACAUAAUAAGUUUACUGUAAAAAAUAUAUUUAAUACAUUUUUAUGUUGUGGUUCAAUUUAUCCUUGGUUUAAAUUUUAUUUUCCUCCGUCUUUGGGCAUGGUGAUGAUCGAUGUACACCAAUGAAUGAGUCGAAAACAAAGGACAGUAAAAUUUAAACCAAGGAUGAAUUUCAACCACAACAUAUAUAAUAACUAGGGAUACAGAAACUGAAAACUGUAGAAGUUAUAUUAACAAGGAAGACUAAUAAUUAGUCAAGCAAGACUGUUAAAUGUGGACAUGUUUUGCAUUUACCAUGAGCUUUCCCUGUUAUCAUUGCCACAGUCUUAUUAUUUAAUAUUCUUUACUGUAUCUGUAUCACAUCAUCUGUUUGCACCUCUUGGUAUUAUGUAAUAUUUUCACAGAUUUGUAUCCCAUCAAGUUACCUGUAAUAAAUGAUUAAUAUUUCCACAAUUCCUAGAACUUCUUAAUCAUUAACUUUAUUUAUAGUUACAAAAAUAACAGUAAACAUCCUUGAACUUAUGAUAGGUACUGAAGAAUGUGAGAUAAUUUUCGUAAACUCAAAUGUUGUGCUGUUGCUUUGCAAUGUUUAAAAUGGCUAUUUUCUUACCAGAAAACAUUCAUAGUAACCACAUUCUAUUUGUAUCUUUUUAAUUAUUAUUGUUUAUUUCCUUACUUUUUUUAGAAGAAUAGCCCAGAGAAGACACAGCAAAGUGGCAAGAAGUUGGUGGUGGCUACGGGUGUAUUACCAACUCAACUAUCAGCAGCAGCAGCAUCUUAUGAGGAAAAACCUGUAGUCAUUUCACCAUUAAGGAAAAGCGAAAACAAGGUAAAAAUUCCAAGAAGAUCACUUUGUAUUUUGCUAGCACAAACAACAAUAUUAAUACAGAAUCCAUUCGGAAAUUGAGUUAAUUUUUCAGGGGACAAAAACCUUGAACCAGAAAAUAUUUUAAGCCAUAUUGCAUUCUUUUUUACACUUUUCAAGGGCUAUAGAUGUAAUUAGUUACCUGUAAUAACACCAAAGACAAUUUCUCACGGGAGCCCACGAAAAUAAAUUUCAUCUUUUAAUUUCACAUGAACUGAGAAAACACAGGUAACAUUGUCAUGCAUAAGAUUUCAUAUUUUUGUGAAAUUUGAGGCUUUUGAAUUUUUUUUUCUUGGGCUCCAAUAAGAAUAGCCCUUGAAAAGCAUGAAAAAGAAUACAAUGAGCAAGAUUGAAAUUAUUCUGGUACAAGGUUUUUGUCGACUGAAAAUUAGAAUUACUCAAUUUCCUAAUGGAUUUCUUCUUAAUCAUGACUUCUCUUUAGAUUCCUCAUAACAAACUGGACUCAACUGCUCCUGUGAUCAAAAGAGGAAAAGAGAGAGAAACUCCAGCUAGAAAAAAGCCCAGUGCUCUAAAGAAGGUAAUUACCCACUUCAGGAACUCCAGGAAGAAUAAAUACAAGCUUUAGAUACAGUGAUUUCUGGGCUCAUUUGGGUGUACAAGCGUUAGUUACGAUUGGUCAAUGGUAUUCAAGGCAACCAUUAACCAAUCAUAAAUAACGGUUGUCCACCCAAACAAUCCCAGAAAUCAUUGCGCCAAGAGCUUGUACCCAUCUUACAGUUUCUAGAGUGAAAAAUUAUUUUUUACAAUAAAACAGUAAUGUCCUUGGUGCCUGUUAAAGCUGCUUCACAAUAUUAUUGCUGGUAUUUACUGUCAUACGGUCAAAUAUAAAAAUAUGAAGCAUUCAAUGAAUAAAGUCAACAAUCUGAGAGAUGAUUGAAUUAAAGAUAAACAAUCACACCAAGAUUCAGUUCAGGCAGUUUUUCAUGACUAUUUGAGAUGUUUGAAGAGAUAAAUUAUAAAUAAUGGUAAGUGACACUUAAUUUUUUUGUCAGGAAGGGGAAAUGUUGGGAUUUGAGGGGGGAUGCAAAAAAUAUAGCUUAAACGGGGGGAGGGGGCCAGGCAAAACGUAUAGGGCGUAAAGGGGAGGUCACCAUAUAAAAUUCCUUUGGUCAACAGCGCUAGCUUGUUAUGAAGAAUUGGCCGUGGGAUUUGAGCCAAUCAGAAACAAAGGGAAAUUUUGAAUGAAUAAAAAUAAAACUUAUUUUGAUACUUUUUAGAUAUAAAAAUGUAAAUGAAAUCUGCAUCUUUUUAAGUAUUUUUCUUGUAUACUUGCAAAAUCUUCGAAAUUCAACAUGCUGUAUGACAAAACAAAGAACCCAGUCAAUCUGACAAUUUUUAAAACUUCGUGUUCUACAGCUCCCCUAGAUAUCUUAUUAAAAUUAAAAUUUACAGGAAUUGGUAAUUUUUGUUUUCAUAUUUGAUUAAAACCAGAAUAGAUCAUCCAUGGCUUGAAUUAAACAGGUGCCCAAUUGUGGGGGGGCAGGUAAAAUUCGUUGUGUUCACGUAAAAUAUUUAGCCCUGUUGCCUCCAGUGCGACUAACUUAUCACAUCAAAACUGCUAACAGUUGUUUAUAUUUCAUGGUGUAUGUUAGAUCAUACUGAAAGAGAGAGAAGAGAAGAAGAAGGCAAGAGAAACAACUGAAAGUGGUGAUGUGGAAACUUCUAAUGACAGUACAAAUAGGUAAGUUGUCGUUCCCAAUCCAGACCUUGAGAUAAGGGGUGGGGGGGUAGUCAUCCAGACCCUGAUAUAACGGGGGGCCUGGUCUCCAAAAAAUUUAUUUAGGGCCUCAGUUUGGUCUAAAAUUAAGGGAGGCCAGGUCCCUUCCCGGGAUCUGCCACUAAGUAGUAGUUCAUUUAAUAGAGACCUUUAGAUUCUAAGACGAUUACGACUACGAGUACGAGAUUUUCUCAAUACUAAGUACGGUAAAGCUUGGGCGUGAACCAGUGUCAUUUUGGCGGGAAAACGUGGUAGCCGUUAUCAUUCUGCUACGAGUUUUAGCGAGAAUGUCGAAGUGGCGGAAACAAGAUAUCAAAUGUUAGAAGUUUUAUCAUUUUGAAAUCAGGGAAAAUGGUCCUUCACUAAAUGUUUUCUUUUUCCUUCUCUAGUGAAAAAUGGUAAAAUGAAGCCGGAAAGUCAAAUUCAUGGUACUUAAAAGUCGUUCUCGUCCUUGAAUCUAAAGGUCUCUAAUAGCUACCCACAUAGCAUGUAUUUUGUACUUGAAAAAGGAAAAAAGAAUAGGCAAGGCUUGUAGAAGAAACAAAUUAAGAGGUCUGUGUAAACAACAAACAUGAGACAAUUUGCUUAUUUAAAAAAUUGCUUAAAAGAUGCAUUAUUAUUUUUAUGUCGGUAAGUCUUUAUCUGUUUUUGUCUUUUCAUUUAAUAGAAGGGUUUAUUUUCAAGAUGGUUGACUUUAAACAAUAAUUUGUUUCAAAGUCAAUCCUGUAAGAGGAAUGCGAGAAGACUUGCUAUUUCUCGUUUUUGUUGUUCUCUCUUUAAGAGCGUGUGAAUCUGAAGGAGAAAAUAUUGCACACCAAGAAGUACAAGACCAGUCAGAAGGUAUAGUUGAAUUGAUGGCAUCAAUCCACAUAUAUUUUACAUUUGAUAUUUGGUUAACACAUCGAGAAAAGGGCAACUUUUUUGGUUAGAUUGUCUGGGAAAUCAACCAUCAUGUGUCUCAUAUUGAGUUGCUGGUCGUGAUUUGUACAGGAUUUAAUGAGAAAAUGCUUUACGUUUGUUUGACUGUAGUGAAUUACACUGUAGAACGUAAUUUGAUGGUAAAGAAUGUGAUCUUUCAUUCACUCAGUAUUUUUCAGCACGUUGUCUUUUCCUUGGUUUUAAUGCAUCAAUAAAUUUCGUGCAAGUGAUAGGAUGUAGUUGUGUUUAUUUCACAUUUGUUUAAGUUUUCCUACCUCCAUAAUCUACCAACACUUUCAAGACCUUUUUUCUUUUUGUUGGUCGAAAUUUGUGGUGAUUGACCUACAGUUUUUUUGAUCAUAAGUGACACAAUAUCAUGAGCAACAUUUUUUAUUAUCUCAGCUGAAACAGCAGAAGAAGUUGAGCCUUCUUCUCCCACACGCCAGGAAAUUGCUGCUGAAAUACACAGUCGUCGAUUUAGAGAGUAAGUUUUAACCAAUAAUUGUCUUAAUGUCGCUUAUAUACUAGGCCAUGAGAGCCAGAAUUCGAUAUUCUUUAUUAAGUUUGUUUUUGGUUCAAACGCUAGUGAGAAGUCCAGUUUGCAUUUUUGUCAAUGUUCAAAGAACUACAUCACCAAAGAACUCAAGAGGCUUCUCGCGCCUUCCACAUUGUUUAUUAUAUUGAUAUUGCAACAGUAUGGAAUGUGAAUUUGAGCAAAUUAUCACGAAACUUCGUGUUAGAAUUAAGGACAACAACAACUAACUGCAGAGUUAUGCCCCAUUCACACCAAAGCUUAAGCACGUUUAAAAGCUGUUUAGUUAAACAUGAUAUAAAAUUGUUUUUUCAUAAAAGCUGCUUAUUAACUUGUGGCUAUUGCAAAUUAUGUUUAAAUCACAGAGAAUGUUAAAAUUUAUCUCAAUCUUGUUUAAGUGUCUGUGCUCCAGUUUUCCAUUUAUGUUUUUUUUUUUAUUUUUUGAAACCUGGGUUAAUAAAACUUGUUAUAAUAUUUUAUUUCCAACAAAUUUUAGGAUCGUAUUUUAACCCCCUGACAAACAGUGUAAUUAUACUGAAACCGCACUGUGGUACUAUCAAAGAGCCUGGCUUACCAUUGCAGGCCCCGGUUGUUCAAACGUUGGAUAGCGCUGUUCACUGAAUAAAUCAUUAUCUAGCGGAUAAGUAUUAGUAGGGAAACCAAUUGUAUUAUCCACUCCAACUGGAUAGAGAUUUAUUCAUUACAUGUAGCUUGCGAAUACAGCUGUUUCUCCUUGCUCCUCUCCGCUAAGGACGUUUCCUUCAGACGAAACGUCCCUGGCGGCGAGGAACGAGGAGAAACGGCUGUAUUCGCAGGCUAUUUAUCCAUGGAAUAGCGCUAUCCAUCUUUCGAACAACUACAAUCCUCGUCACGUUGAGUCGGGACAACCCUUGCAACACCCAUAUUCCAACAAAAAGUUGUGUUCCAGGUUUCUGUGAAUUUUGAAUUUCAGGUAUCUGUGAUGCCAACUCGCAAAAAUCAACAUUUGGAGGGCAGAAAACAUCAUAGGCACUGUUAAAGGACGCUUCUUGAUAUUGUAGCGUGUGUUGAAUUUACAGGUACUGUUGGCAGGUCCCUGAUAAAGAGGUGGAUGCUGUAGCUUCUGAGCUUUUGAGAGAACUUGUGCGGUUCCAAGACAGACAGUUCCAUAAAGAUCCAAUCAAGGUUAAAAGAAAAGUUAUUUCUAGUUCUAGUUUGUGUUCUUAAAGUAAUAGCACUUUUCAAGAUUUGUCAUUGAAACAUUUUUCGUUGAAUGAGCUGUUUUCCGUCUCAGCAUGGAAGGUAAAAACGUUUACUUUAUUCAUGAAUUACAAACUUCAGGUAAAACCCAGAGAAACUCCACGGUAAUCGAACAAAAUAUAUUUGCGCAUAAAUUUACGCAUACUGCCUUGAAGGGGGAAUGUAUUUUUUAAACAUAUAUACUAAAUCAACGAGGGUACACACUUUAUACAUUGGUUAUGUAAUUUGCAGUUCUAGUUCUUAUUGCUCUUUGUUAAGUUUUUGUUUUUUGUUUACUUCCCAGGCUAAGGCUAAGAGAAGGUUUGUACUGGGCCUAAGAGAGGUUCACAAACAUCUAAAAUUAAGGAAGGUUAAGUGUGUGAUCAUAUCUUCCAAUGUUGAGCGCAUCAAAUCGGCAGGUUAGUGACACAAGCUAUUUAAGUGGGCACAUCAAAAUCAAAAUUCUCAUUUGUCGCCCCUACUUAUUUCCUACAGAAGUAGUGAGGAGAAGGUAAUAAAAUAUCAAGCAAAUUCAUCUUGUGUGAUCAUGUCCGUAAUUCUUACAACAACUCUGUUUUACAACGCAUUGCUAUUACUAGGAGAAAUUUGAUACUGAUCACUCUUCGGGUUUAAAGAGUUAAUACCAAUUCAGCUUUAUGCCUCAAAACCAAUGGUUUUUUGACGGGCAUGAUCGCUUGCAACAAAGUGUUUGCUUGAAAUCUUUCCGUUUUUUAUAAGAUCCAGUAUAAUUUAGUCGCUUUUUCCUUGGACCCUAGUGAAAUAAUCUCUUAGUAAUGCCUCCUGUACCAGGAAGUCCCAUAAUAUGACAUACAAUCUUUAACCCAGCUUUGUUGAUGCCUUCAAGUACUCUUUUUUUGGCCGUUAGCUUAUAGCUGUGUGAAAAAGUCUUCCAUCCACUGCUGUUAACGCUCCGUCUUUGCUCGUGUUUAUGGCCACAGUUGAAAGCUAUUUCUAAUUUGCCAUCACCUAUAGCCUGAAUUUCAGACGAUUACUUUGAGUCGUUUUCUCCUCUCAGCAACGUCUGAAUCGACCGGCCGUUACCCGAAAACCAGGUAGUGAUUUUGAUUGGUUGAUUGUCCAAACAUUGGCAUAAUUAUGUAAAAUUAUGAGAAAUUUUAGCGGGAUUGUCGUUUGAUAUUCAGCGGAUCGAAUGCGUGGCGUUCAAAAUUUCGACAAUCUUUAUCGUAAACAGCAAAAUUGCCCUAGUCUUCGAAACUAUGGAAUUGUUAAAUUGAACUACGAAUGAAGAAUCAUUGCGGAGAGUCGGUAGGUUUUUCAUUUGGAGCCGAGGUCUAUUCAGACGUUACUGAAAUAGUAAAAACGACUUGAAGUAAUCGUCUGAAAUUUUGGCUACCAUCACCUUCGCCUAGCUAAUUGUGACCAUCCAUUGCCACAAUUAGCCUGUACCUUAAUUUAGGUCGCUUGAAUUUCAAAUACCUUAAUUAACACAAGCCUUAAUUUCCGGUAAUAAGUUGCAUUGUAUUAACUAUUUUUUCCCAAUAGGAGGUUUAGAUGACACGGUUGGUAGCAUAAUAAGAUUGUGCGAGGAAAAUCAUAUUCCAGUGGUGUUUGCUCUAAAGCGCCAGCUGUUGGGAAGAGUUCUGUUAAAGAAAGUUCCAGUCAGUAUUGUUGGGAUAUUCAACUACGAUGGGGCACAGGUUAGUCAAGAGAAAACACAGGGAACCCAAUGUAGACUCUUUGUUGCAAAAAAUUGAUCGCUAAUUUUCUUAGGCCCAGUUCAAACGUCGAAUUUCACAUGCAGUGAUUUUAACGCCUGUUUUAGUCCACUAAAAUAAUUAAAUACGGUAGUUUAUGCAGACUUGGGAUAUAAUGGUGCUGAAUCUAACUUCAGUUGCUGUAAAAAUUCCCAGUCUUUAAAACAACUUGUUGUCCAAUAUGGAUAAAAGUUUCUAUAAUUAGUGCAUUAUAUUUGGCACAUGUGAAAUUCUUCUACCUCUGAAUCAAAUGUCGAACCUUAUAAGUCGAAUCUUGGCCUGUUUCAGUCGCAGAUUGGGCAAGGUGAUAUUUAAAUUAAACCUGUCGAAUUUACUUAGUUCAGACAUGAAAUCUCACGUGCACUUAAUUCUCGAAUUUAAUUCGGCACACGUAAAUUCGACGUUUAAACUGGGCCUUACGUUAGGAGGCAAAUUUUGUUUCUUAAAUGCAACAGACAUUGUCAGGAAUAAAAUCAAAAACAAUUCUUCUCCCUCGAUGUAGAUUUUGUUCUCAGGGAAAAUUUUUUCCUGCCUUAACCAACUGACAAGUCACAAUGUUUUCGCAAAAAUAGAGCGAUCAAAAUAUUUCGUUAACAGCAAAGGCAGAGACGACCAGGUGACCAUUUUCCCGCCAAUUAUUACGUUUAAACACGAGAAGGAUCAUUGCAGUUAAAAGAAAGCCUGAUAAAAGUUUCAUUUCCUGCGUUUGUCAUUUCUCGUUUUAAAGGUAAAGAGUAGUGUGUUCACGCUCAUAAAAGGAUUUGCCUGUGAGCACUGGGUUCUCCGGGCACUCUGAUAAAAACGUAAAAAAAAUUGGCAGAAGCGCGCGAAGAAGCCUCCCACGCAAAUGUUCUUUUGGCUCGUCACGCAAUCCUCCCCAAAGUGGGGAAGGAACGCGUGAUGAAGCCCCAAGAACGCCUGCGUGGGAGGACCAAGUCCUUGGUUUUCUUUCCUCUACAAAACAGUAGGUAGGUCAAGCGCCGCAUUUAUGUAAAAUUUACGGCAAGCGACAAACGGUGAAAAGCAGAAAGUCUCACACAAAUGCUAAAGUUUUGUGAUAGGUGUCUCUCAGUGUGUUCAUUGAUUUCCUUUCUGUUCUAGGAACAUUUCAAGACACUGAUGGAUCUAACUCAGAAAACAAAGCAGGCCUAUGAUGAAAAGUGGCAAGAGGCUAAAGAAAAACUUGAGUUACAACAACAGAAGACAUUAGGUACUAAUCACUUUCUAUGUUACUUUAAUAAGUUUCAUAACCGUUCGCAAUCAACGUAUCUGCGUCUUAUCUCAGUGGCGACCAAGCUAAGGUUGGAGCACAGCUGUGAUAGUACCACGUUUCUAUUUGAACUAGCCUAAAGUAAAGAGAUUCCCAGGUUUUGUUUUCAUGUUCUUUGUCUUAACACAGAGACUACCCCCAUUAUGUGCCCCGCUUUGGGAGCGUCCCCGCCCGCACAGGACACCCAAUCAAUAUAAUUUAAACUUAAAAAUUAUGCAAUUGUUGCUCAACGGCGGCGGUCGGUUGUUAUUGAAGAUUUUUAUUCUUAGCAUAGAAGCUGUCGGUCAAUUCGCUUACCCUGAACGUCCCGCCACAAAAGACAACUGAUUAUGUACUCAAUCCUGAGCACAUGCCUUCCAAAAACUCAAGUAUUUUUAGUAGACAUAUUCUUCGCCUUAUACCGCGUACCAAAGGCCCGCAAAAGAAAGCAACUUAAGGUUUCUGCUCUAGCAGCACCAGCCGGGUGGCCCCUGGUGCCUAACUUUUGCUCCCGGAUAAAUGCAAGUUCUUAGUUUUUUCAUCGAAGUCAUUUGCUGGGCACCCUGGAUUUCACAGGUUUAAGAGCAUAGAGAUCCCUUUUCAGUUUUUCUUAGACAACAGCCUUGGAGUUAACCAAAGAAGUCGUUGAAUUACCAGUAAUUCGCUAACUUUCCUUCUCUUUUAUCAUUUUACUAGAUGCAAAGAGGCCCGAAAUGGAAGUAUUAUCCGGUGCUAAAGUCCAAGAAGCAGAUGACAUUUCACAGACAGUGGACAAAGAUUUAGGGAAGGAGAAUGACCAAGUUCAUGACACUGAAAGCAGUGACAAUGAGGAGAGAGACAGUGAUGAGGAGAACAGUCAUGUUCACAGUGAGGAAGAAAACAUCAUCGUAGAAAAUGACUUGGAAAUUCAAGAACUGUGA